GUCUUCAGUUUUCCAAGCCUCACAUUGGUUGCCAACUGGCCCAUUGCUCUGAGAUUUGAGCUCAAAGUACGACGAAGGUCAUGCGAGGAUCGCUGCGCUUUGUCGUGCUGCUCGCAGCGCCAGUGCUGCUGAUUGCUUGGCUGCUAUCAACACUUGCAUCGCUGUACGCCCUGCCGACAACAAGCGGCAGUGGCACUGCCAUGGGGGCAUCCCCAGACGCGCACCUCCGACGCGUGCUGACCAGCAGCGACGAGCUCACUCGACCAGGCCCCGACGACGUCUUUGACAAUGUAUUCUGGUUUAUCCAUGUUUCAGACUUGCACAUAUCGCGAUAUGCAAAUCCAACGCGAACGUCGGAUUUUGAGCGCUUUUGCCGGGAAGUCGUGCCAGUCAUCGCCCCGCCAGUUGUUGUGGUCACUGGUGACUUGACCGACGCCAAGGACCAGUACCUCAUCGACUCUGGCCAGCACCAAGAAGAGUGGCAGGAUUACGCGGCUGCACUAGACCGCUCUGGAGUCCUGGACAAAGUCAAGUGGCUCGACAUUCGCGGCAACCACGAUGCGUUUGAUGUCGCCGGCCUCGAUCACCCCAGCAAUCUCUUUGCACGGUACUCUGUCUCGAAAAACACGUCCUACACGCACGUCCACCAGACAACAUUUGGUCGCUACCGCUUUGUUGCAGUCGACGCUUGCCCAACACCAGGCCCGCGUCGUCCCUUCAAUUUUUUCGGAUCGCUCGAUGUUCGAGCGAUGACCAAGCUGGAGCGUGAUCUUGCGCAACCCGAGCAGUACAAUCAUACGAUCGCGUUUGCGCACUAUCCUCUCUCAACCAUCAGCUCAAGAACAACAGCGUCUGGUGCCACGCUUCGCUCGUUGACCAGCCAAGUCACCCUCUUCCUGAACGGCCACCUGCACACGCUCCUCGAUUACGCUCCUCAUCUGCACAUGCGCCACAGGAACGAAUUGGCAGAGCUGGAAGUUGGGGACUGGAAAGACAACCGAAGAUUCCGAGUGGUGGUAUUUGAUCACGACAUGUUCUCGUUUGCGGAUGUCCAACUCGACCAAUGGCCUGUGGUGGUUGUCUCCAACCCCAAAGAUGCGCGCUUUCUUUUGGGGGCGCACGAGCCGCUGGGGCGCAUCGAACGGUCCACACACAUUCGCGUGCUUGCCUUUUCGCCUGCAGUCAUUGCCAGUGUGCGCGUUUUCAUUGACGGUAUUGCGCAGCCUGAAGCCAUUCCCACCGGCGGACCGCUCUGGGUGGUGCCCUGGAAGCCGCGCAGUUUCUUUGGUGUGCACCAAAUGAAAGUAAUCGUUCAAGACGCUGCGGGCCGCACGCAGACCAUUCACCAAUCCUUUUCGACGGAUGGCACUUUGGCCGAGAUUGGCUGGAUGGCGCGAUAUGUCAUGUUGACCGAUUUCUCCCUUGUGCUUCGCGUCGGGUUUUACGGCAUUUUUGCUCUGUUUCUAGCACUUCUGGUCAUCCCAAAGAUGUUGGUUCGGCACUACAAACAGAAUCAGCACUACGACGCGUUUAUCUUGACAAUUACGCACCAAAUUCGGCGAGCGGUCGAUCUGGCCCACCCACGGCCAAGCCAGGCUGCGUCGCGCGGCCUGACUCGUGUUCCAAUCAUGUUCUGGCUCAACAUGAAGCACUCCAUUCCAUUGCUGUUUCGCAUCUUUUUGCUCCGGCUGGUCAUUCUUGCCCAGAUUCCUGCCGUCUGGUAUGCGCUCGUGGCGCACGCAGUCUCAUUGAUCGCUCUGCCCCUGUUCGUCGGCGAGCUUGUUCGCGGACACUGGGGCUUUUUCUUUGUGUACGGCAUGGUCAUUAACGGGCGUACCGUCACGGAGCUCGGCACGUACUUUUUCACCUUCCAGCAUCUCCUGACCACGCUCCCUUUCGUCACUUACCUUGCCUCUCGGGUGCCAAUUGACGCACUGUUGGAGCACUUGCACAUUCACCGGUACGACCAUCGUGACGACGACGACGACGCCAGCGACUCUGACGAGCAUGCUGGCAACAACUCUGCCCUCGCGUUGGCCGACCACCACGCUCACAAGCAUGGAAAGACGUGCAGCCAGCCAGGACACACACACGAGCACACCCGUCCGCAGUCUCCAUGCACAGCUUUGCCCAAACUCGACGCCGAUGGCAGCAGCGCCAAUUGGCUCGAAUCCCACCCACUGCGAUUGUCACCGUCGAGCACUCUUGCGCUGUGGGGCUCUCGCGUCAUCUAUGGCGUUCUCGCCCUGUUUGCGUUCACGUCGGUGCGAACCAUUUACAUGUGCUACGGCGGAUGGGCUGUUGUCCUGGCUCCUGCCAAAACCUGGUUUUACCUCUAUGGCAUCUUCCUCGUCUUGUCUAUUGAUCGUCUGAUUCUUCGAGCAGUGCCAGACUGGCAGCCUCGUGCAGGCGCUCGCCUUGUUUCACGGUUUUAAGAAGGCUUGAUGAUGAAUAUCACGACCCUUUUUUCGAUCUACAUACAUCCCAGCAAGUUAUGUCAUGAACGAUAGCCGUGUUUUGCCACCUUGUCCAAUAGUUACCAAAUGUAGUCUUUAUUUCCA